CGGUGAGCGCUGGAGGGUUCUGGUGCGGGAAUAGUUUCGGAAACGGGGAAGGCGAGAAACUCACCACUAUGGGAUGCGCAUUUAGGCGUGAUCAUUGCGGUAGCCACGCAGAAUAUCCGAACGUUCACUUUGAUCGGACUGAGUUCUGGGCCCCGGGACAGACUAGCAAUGAAGAUCGCCCGGCACGCUCUCACACUCUGGCGCCUAAGCACUCAACUCGUUCUCUGCAACCCGCUCUGCCUCAUCCUCCAAUGCAUCGCAGGGUCCUCCUCCGUCCCCGCCAAAACCCAGCCCGAUCACGGCCUAGGCCCGCUCGGCUUGCCCAUAUUCGACGGACAGCACACGCCGCAGAACAUUGCUGCCCACGCGUACCUGAUUGGAGUGCUGCAUGGCGUGGGGCUGGUUCUAGGAUUGUACUCGGAAAACUACCGCGGGCUGGGGUUCUUCUUGAACGCUUUGGCGAUGUUUCAUAUCCUGGAGUAUCUGAUGACGGCGAUGUAUGGGAAUGAGGUUAAGAUAUCAUCAUUCCUCCUGAACAACGGCCGUGAAUACCAAUUCGCGAUGAUCGCAGGCGUAAUCGAGUACUUUGUCUGGGGAUGGCUAUACCCACCCAUGAACAUCUUCCGGUGGUGGAACUACCUCGCAAUCCUGCUCCUCCUCGCGUCUCAAUCCCUCCGCUCAGCAGCAAUGUGCACAGCCGGCGCAAACUUCACCCACCUCGUCGCCGACGAAAAGGAGACACAUCACACACUCGUCACGUCCGGUGUCUACUCAAUCUUCCGCCACCCCUCCUACACAGCCUUCUACUACUGGGCCCUCGGCACCCAACUCGUCGCCUCCAACCCGUUCUCCGCCCUCGCGUUCGCAUUAACGCUGAGCAGGUUCUUCAGGAGCAGGAUUAGGUAUGAGGAGUACACGCUCUUGAACUUUUUUGGGGAUCGAUAUGGGGAGUAUAUGGGGCGGACGGGGGUGUGGAUUCCGGGGUGGAAGUGAGAGGGCGUGGUUGGGGGAGAAGAGGGAGAGGCCGACGCAGGCAUGGAGACGACAUAGAAUCUGUACCCCCGACCAUAU